CUGUCAGCGCAACGCAGCCUGUAAAUGCCAAGACACAAGACCCUGGGAAAGGACCUCAGAUGCCGCUCCAAACUGGGAGAGUUGGCUCAAGAAGCAGAGAAUGGGUCCGAAGCCUGUCUAACGCCCCCAACGGUGCGCCAAAUGGAGCCAGCUGGCCGGGAUGGGGCGGGGCCAAUAGGCCUGCUGCGCCGAGUGACCUGCGCUGGGACACCAGUGCGCAGAAUCCUUGGCGUGGGGCCGGGAAGAGACCAAUGCGCCUGCGCUGGCCGGGCUGGCGAGACAAAAGGGAGGAACUCUGGCAGCCCCGCCCUCCAGCUCCGCCCAGAGCGGCCAGAGCAAGCGGGCAUCAGGUUCCCGCGACCCCACGGCACCUUCGUCUCCGCUGCGGCUGUCGCCAUGUACCCCGCAGAUCUUCCGGCCGGCUCGGCCCCGCACCGAGCUACACAGUGCGGCCGCCGCCUCCCGCCUGGACACCCCGCCGAGACGCCGCGGCCCCCUGUGCCCGUCCCGAGCGCCGCCACACACCUUCAGACCACCGCGCCGGUACCGCGGCCCGGCGUGGCGGUAAAGAUGGCUUUUCGCAAGGCCUACUCCAUCAAGGACAAGCUGCAAGCCAUCGAGCGUGUCAAGGGCGGCGAGCGACAAGCCAGCGUGUGCCGCGACUUCGGCGUGCCCGGUGGUACUCUGCGUGGCUGGCUCAAGGACGAGCCCAAGCUGCGCUGGUUCCUGGACCAGCUGGGCGGCGAGGUGGGCACGCAGCGCAAGAAGAUGCGGCUGGCCAAUGAGGAGGAGAUCGACCGCGCAGUGUAUUCGUGGUUCCUCGCGUUGCGUCGGCAUGGCGUGCCACUGUCGGGGCCACUCAUCCAGGCACAGGCCGAGGCCUUCGCGCGCCAAAUCUAUGGGCCCGAGUGCACCUUCAAGGCCAGCCACGGCUGGUUCUGGCGCUGGCAAAAGCGCCACGGCAUCUCCAGCCAGCGCAUCUAUGGCGAGGUGGAGCCCCCAUCAGCAGGCCCACCGCCCGGCCCGGUCAAGGCGGAGCCCGCUGAAACCCCGGGAGCCGGCCCCCUGCUGGACCGGGCGCCCGCUGCGCUGUGCCCCGCUGAGGCUGGUUACGGCGACGAGCAGAUCUACAACGCCAAUGUCACUGGUCUCUACUGGAGGCUGCUUCCGGAGCAGGCUACGCCCCCGGGUGCCGGGGACCCUGGGGCAGGGGGCUGCCGCUGGCGCACCGACCGAGUGACAGUGCUCUUGGCUGCCAACCUGACUGGCAGUCACAAGCUGAAGCCACUGGUCAUCGGGCAGCUGCCUGACCCGCCCAGCCUGCGCCACCACAACCAAGACAAGUUCCCAGCCUCCUACCGCUAUAGCCCCGAUGCCUGGCUUAGCCGUCCCCUGCUGCGCGGCUGGUUCUUUGAGGAAUUCGUUCCAGGAGUCAAGCGCUACCUACGCCGAAGCUGUCUGCAGCAGAAGGCGGUGCUGCUUGUUGCCCACCCGCCCUGCCCCAGCUGGGCCACUAGGAUGGCCUCUCUGGAGGAGAGCGAGGAGACCCCCAGGAGGUACUGGCCAGAACCCCUGGGGACCCCGGAGGAGCUGCAGACACCCGAUGGUGCUGUGCGAGUGCUCUUCCUGUCCAAGGGCAGCAGCCAGACACAUAUCCCUGCACCUCUGGAACAAGGCGUGGUGGUGGCCUUCAAGCAUCUUUACAAGCGAGAGCUGCUGCGGCUGGCAGUGUCCUGCGCCAGUGGCUCCCCACUGGACUUCAUGCGCAGCUUUAUGCUCAAAGAUAUGCUGUACCUGGCUGGCCUCUCCUGGGACCUUGUGCAGGCAGGCAGCAUUGAGCGCUGUUGGCUACUGGGCCUGCGGGCUGCCUUUGAACCUGGGCAGCAGCCGGCCUACCAAGCUGAGGAAGCUGCAGAGCACAGCAGGUUGCUCAGUGACCUCACACAUCUGGCAGCGCUGGCUUACAAGCGCCUGGCACCCGAAGAGGUGGCUGAGUGGCUGCACCUAGAUGAUGAUGGAGGCCUCCCUGAUGGCUACAGAGAGGAGGUGGGCCCUGCACUGGCCCCUGCAGCUCCACCAUCUCCAGCCAGUCUGCCCUCUAGCAUGGGAGGUGGAGAGGAGGAGGAGGAGGCUACUGAGCAUGGAGGGGUAUUGGUGCCUACUGCAGGGGAGGCCAUCUGGGGGCUAGAAACAGCUCUUCGGUGGCUAGAGAGCCAGGACCCCAGGGAGGUGGGGCCUUUGAGGUUGGUGCAGCUUCGCUCACUCAUUAGCAUGGCCCGGAGGCUGGGAGGGAUUGGGCCCUCCCCACCUGCUCCUGAUGAUGGUGUGUGACCUUGCCAGCCUAGUAACCUUUUCCUGCUGCAAUCUCCCAACUUCCCUGGGGUGGCGCACCCCAUGGGUUCAGGGGACAGGGGUCCCAGCCCAGCUUGGGCUCUGUUGGUAAAGGGUCAUCCUGCCUCAAUGGUCUACAGUCUCUUGGGGAGGAUUGCUGAAGGAGCACUCUGGCUGAUCCUUCUCUCUAGGCAGGACACACAGGUGAGGUUCCCUUGCACACACUGGGCACAUGCUCAGCACCUAUCCAAGAACGGUUGGCUGUGCUCCUACCCUGGCCCCUGUUGGGCUCACACCUCCUUCUUUCCCCAACCUGUCAUGUGCACUGGAUGAGACACUCCAGUUCUGUCUGCAGUGCUGGUGCUACCUGGUCCCAUCAUCUUAGUAGGGAGGCACACUACUCAGUUUUCUAAAAAAUACAUUAAAUUUGUUUUUAAAGAGUCUUCAGAGGGGGCUAUGAAAAUAGGGGAACAGUGGGGUGGUCUUGGCUGCUUUUGGAUCUGGAAACUGCCCUCCAGCUCCCAGUCCAGACCCACCUGCUUACAAUGAAGUGGGGAAAGAGGAUGGAGCCCAGUAUUUCCUGAGGUUCUGGAUGCAGAUUUUUGUUCCACCUGAAUUGUUAGUUUCUUGAAGAAAAUUCCUUGCCGAACAGACUUUUUAUUCCAUGGGGUUGGCAAGCUGGAUAUGGGUCCUGGUGGUUUGACCAAUGGCAGGACAAGCUCCUCCAAUUUCCCAUCAGCCACAGACCACUUUAGCCCCAGUAACUGGAGCCAGCCUCCUCAUCUAUCUGGGAGCACUGGCAGCAACCUGGGGACAAUCCACAGUGCCUUAGUCCUGUUCCCUCACCCCCUGCUCUUCUGGCUCACCUUCCCAUACAUUUCACCUCCUGACACUGCCAAGGGUAUGGCUGAGGAGCUACUUCUGGGUGGUCCCAUUUGAAAGAGGAAGGAAGGGGUUCAAGUGAUCAUCCAGCUUACACAUCUUUUGACCCUCUUAGUUUUGACCCUCUUAGUUUGGGUCCAAAACCUUGCUGGUGGUCUAGGGGCAAGAGAUCCCCAUGUAUCUCAGGGGGCAUGCUCCCUUUGCAGAGAUACUGCCCCAAGCCUUUGUUUCAGCAGGAGGCUAGGUCUGAGGAGGCUGCGUGCUCCUAAUGCUCUCUCCCCUUGUGCUGACCACCGACGUCCUCCUAGCAGAGUCUUGAAAACAUGGAGUUGGUGAGUGUGCGGAGCCUACAUGUGUGUUCAUGGAAGGGAAGGGCUGUGCACCGUCUGGGUGGCAGGUGGAGGUAGGGGCACCUCCCAAAAGCAAUUUCUACAUCCAAGACAAAAGCUUCCUUGGACACCAAAUACACAUGCAUAUCUCACCUAGCCAGACUCAGACAGCAGCCUCUAUCUGUGCCUGCCAAGGUUCAUCUGAACUCUUCAUGUAAAGCCUCGCUGAACCUGCAGAGCCUUGGGCAGUCAGGGCUGGCUGAGGGUCUGACCCAAGCAUCUGGAACGAGGCUUAAGGACCUCCAAUGUCUUUACUCCUACAACCUCCAGUCAGCCCCAGGAAAGGGGGUGCGACUCUCUAAGAAGUGGGCCUUGGCCAUGAGUACGUGAGAGUUACAUACCUGGGCCUUGACACAUAUGCAGCCUGGAUGGCCCCUGGUAGCAGCCUUUGGCCUGGCUUAUCAGAGCUAUUUCACUGGUGAGGUUUCUGUCUCGUCUUCCUAUUUUGCCCCUUCCUUUGGCCUGGACCAGGUAGACAUAUGUCAGUGCCUAAGAGAUGGUAGGGCAAGAGUAGGGAGAUGUCAAGAGCAAGACCUCUCACUUGCCUCUCCACCUGUCUCAUCCCUCUCAUCUGGGCACUCGAGGUCUGGGAGGGGGCUCUGGCCUUUCUCUGGGCCCCUAAUGGCCACUCUACAAACAAGGCAGAUGUUAGCUCACAGGUAGUGGGUCUGUCCCAGCAUUUGCUAGGCUGGGAAACCCACCAGAAAGCUCAAAAGAUAUGUUGGGCUGGGAGUUUAGGUCAGAAGUAGAGUACCUGCUAGCAUGCAUGAGGGGCUGAGUUCAGUUCUCCAAGAUACAAACAAAAAGUGUCAUCUUUAUAGAUUGAGAUACAUUGGUGUUCUGUGGUGCCAAGGCAGAGGUUCCAGUGGUUGAGCCCUGCUGUAGAGAAGACUGUUCUGCCUGGAUGCCUGGCACUGUAAGCAGCUCAGCCAUGGAUCCCUGAGACACUGGGCCCCUACAGUGGUACACAGAUGUCACAUCGGAAACUCAGCUCCAUUUGUAGCUUUGCCACUGGUUUGUAGCCACCUCAUAUCUCUGAGCUCAGCUCAGUGUCUUAAGUGAUGGGGACACUCCAGGAUUUGUGGAUCCUUGCUGUGUGGCAAGAGCACCUUAGGAAGGCUGUACACUCAGGCCUGCAUACCCACCUGGCCUGCUCCUCACUGCUGUGCCUUCCUGAGCCUUCUGGGCAUUUUGGUUUGCCACCUUUGGUUUGGACUAACACAAAUCAGCAAGGGGGUUGAAGUGGCAGUUCCUUUUGGCAGCUGUUGACCACUUGCCAGGUAGCAGGCACCUUGCUGGAAAUUGAAUUUCUUGUCUUGGAGGAUUUUCCCUGAUCCCUGCAAAGCACGUGGGGAGGGUGGGCAGCUGUCCUCACUGGGCAACUCUCAUCAGUGCCUCUGAUGAGACUUGAGGCAGACUGCUGCUCUUGCAGUUCAUGGCCCUUAACUCAGGGUCAUCAGGGCUCCUGGGCAGAGGAAACAAGAGCAUCGAGCACAGAAAAAUGGGCAAGUAUAAGUUCUGUUGAAGCCACCACUCAGCUGCUGUUCUCAGCUGGGAAAAGACAGCUUAUAAUGGUCACAGGCAGCCUUCCCCGUAGAGGUCUGUUCACUUGGGAGUGGCCACCUGGGCAUCAGCUGGAUGUGGAUGAAACAAUGUGUAGAAAAAGAUGUGGAGCAUGCCUCUCUAGGAGCUAGUCUUCUGGGGACCUGAGCCCUAUACUCCCUAUGGGAAUUGCCUGUAGGUAGCCCAGUUGGGGCCUAGCAGUGGAGCCCUUGCUGAGUAUAUCCAAGAGUGAGGCUUAUCCACCCCAAUAGCAUGUCUUCACAAGAACUGUGGGCUUGUGGGUUCAUGCUAUGUUGAGGGGCCUUCCUCUAACACUCAACUUUGCUCAUAGCUGAGUUCCAAUGGCCCGUGGCACUUGUGUAAUAAAGGUGGAAAAUGUCAACUUUA